GGGUUGAAGACGAUCUAAAGGAGAAGGGGCAGCCCCAGCUGUAGAUCAAUCGGCUUUGUGGAUUACAGAAGAGGAAGAACCGAAGGAGGGAAAGAUCCGGUCAUGGGCGGAGACGACGAUGUCGGCAAAGGCACCGCCGAGGACCCGGCGAAGUUGGAUGACGAGCAGCUAUCGGAGCUCCGGGAGAUCUUCCGCUGCUUUGACCGGAACGACGACGGCAGCCUCACCCAGCUCGAGCUCGGUUCCCUCCUCCGAUCCAUCAGCAUCAAGCCCUCCCCCGACCAACUGGAUGCCCUAAUCCAGAGGGCCGACAUCAACUCCAACGGCCUCAUCGAGUUCUCCGAGUUUGUCGCUCUCGUCUCGCCGGAUCUCGUCGCCGCCAAGUCCCCCUAUACGGAGGCGCAGCUACGGCGUCUGUUCGAUAUGUUCGACCGCGACGGCAACGGGUACAUCACUGCCGCCGAGCUUGCCCACUCCAUGGCCAAGCUAGGGCACGCCCUCACAGCCAGCGAGCUCACCGGCAUGAUCAAAGAGGCCGACACGGAUGGCGACGGCCGGAUAAGCUUCCAGGAGUUCUCCCACGCCAUCACCUCGGCCGCCUUCGACAAUUCCUGGCACUAAAGCCCGCUCCAGCCUUCGUCGUCAGUUACCAAAUCAAAAAAGCUCUCUCCUUUGCAAAUUUCAUUAUGUUCUUCGAUGGAUUGCCACCAC